AUGCGCAGGACCGCAUCGCAUGCGAAGAUUGUGCAGCAGCAUGAGCGUCGAAAGGCCUCCCGUGAGGCAAAAGCCUCGUCGGCGCGCUUCAGCUCCAAGCAGAGCCGGUUUCAACUCCGGCAGGAGGAGAUGUACGCACAGGAGGCCCUGCAGCCUGUGACCGCGUCGCUGCUGCCGGCGAGCCGCCACUGUGGCGGUCGUCCUCCUGCAGAGACGACAAGUACCCAGUCACCGGCCACAUUCAGUCGGUUUGAACGGCCGCUUGCCGCCGGGGAAGCGGGAAGUUCUGUUGGCACGACGGCAACGGCGACAUUUGGGCUCGCACCCUCGCGGCGUGCCGGGAUGCACGUGGCAGAUUCCCGGAGCGCGCGCCGCGCGGCGAGAUUUCGCCUCGAGGAAAACGGUCAGUCUUCCGCGUUGCCGUCGCUGGGCGAAGGACUACUUGGCGCCACCCGCCACGCGAGGGAGGAGGCCUCCACCGCCCCGGAGGCCGACAGCAGGGAUGACAACGGUGAACCGCAGCGGAAGAAGACGCGGGAGGAGCGGUUUCGAGAGGUGCUUGCCAGCAGCAAAGAGCACCGUGCCCAGGCACAGCGGGAGCGUGAGGAGCGUGCGCAGCAAACGACUGCUCUUGACGCGGCAUUCAGCGGAGUGAUGCACCUGCUGGAGCGGAGGGACAAGACGCAAGAGGAGCGCGAGGCCUUUGCCCGUGCCGGAACUCCGCAGGUGCGGGCUCUGCUCCAGUCGUUUCGCGAGAACCACGUCGCAAAGGUGGUGUCGCUGCGCAGCGACGGCAGCUUCACCGUCGCCCCGCUUGCUAACCGCGGCACGGCAGUAAGCGAGAUCGCCGCUGCGCCUGUUUUGGAUGAGGCGAGCAUUGCGCUGCUGCAGAAGGUCCGCGCCGAAGCGAAUGCGCAGGAGCGGAGCGCACCGUCAGCCCUCCCUUUGAACCCUUUAAAGGAUAAAGCGGUGACGGUAGGUGCUGAAAAGAGCAACCUCACUGGGGAGGGUGGCGGCGAUGAGGAUGACUUUGAUCGCAUGAUGCACGCUAUGCGGGGUGAGACGCGCCGCGCGCACGCCGGAGAGCGUACGCUGACAGCGGAGGAGGAGCAGGCGGUGCGCGACCAGCAGGCACUGCUGGAGACGGACCGUGGUGUCGUCCCGCUGCUUGCGCCUGACGCAGCGCAAUUGACACGUGCAGAGUGGCUGAGCCGCGGUGGCGACCGCGCGUACCUGAUGCAGGGCGGGAGCGAUAACGAGGAGGAGGAUGACACCGGCGAGGCGGAGGACGCCCUGGACAUUUCCUCCGCCUACGACAGCGAUGAGGCGCCGUCGAUAGAGGAGGCGGUGCAGGAGACGGAAGAGGAGGACGACGAGGCGGGGGAGAAGCGUAGGGGCGCGGACGCCGCCGCCGGGGCGACUGGGUGCCUGGAGGAGUUCGUCUCCGCGAUGGAGGCGCUCAGUCGUGAGGCGGACGGCGCACUCACCUCACGUGCCGCGCGAAGUCGCGCCUACCACGCCGUGCUGCGGCGCCUUCACCAGUAUGCCCGCGAGCACGUGUGCACACCGCGCAAACGUUUCGCCUUCUUCUUAUUGAGGUGCAGCGCAGUUUCCUGCGGCACGGCUCACUCGACCGUGCCGCGCUUCUGCUUCUGCACGCCACCUCCCGCAUCUUCCCCAUGA